UACCUAGCCUUCUGCGUGAACCUCAGUGACACCGGUCGUGGUGGUCCACCUACAGGUGCGGAUAUCUCAGGUCAAAUCUGACGGCUCGCAGAGACGCGCCGCCUGUCAGCUGGAAGUGCAGCCACCGCCCCUCGGACCGUCCGCGGCGCUCGUCCUCUCACCGGCCAGGAACCAUCCAGCCACGUCCAGCCCCACUGUGGAUCUUUAGCCCCGCAGGCAGGACAGUGGCAGAGGCAGAGCCGGACCCAUCGGGGAAUCGUCCAGCAGGCAGCGGGGCUCCAUGAGCGCAACGGGGCAGCAGCAAGGGGGGGCCCUGCGUUCUCGCCGAGGCCUUGUCCGGGACAAGGACCCUGGGCAGGGCAUGGGCAUGGAGGCGGCCUGCUGGCUGGCCCCCGGAGUGCUGCGCAGGCUGAUCGAGCUGCCCUCGCCCCCCCUGUCCCGACACCAGCUCAAGAGACUGGAGGAGCACAGGUACAGCAGCGCCGGACGCUCCCUCCUGGAGCCUCUGAUGCAGCGGUACUGGGAGUGGCUGGUGGGACGGGUCCCCGCCUGGAUCGCCCCCAACCUCAUCACCAUCAUUGGCCUGGCCACCAACGUCUUCACCACCCUCGUGCUCGUGUACUACUGCCCGACCGCCACCGAACAGGCUCCUCUCUGGGCGUACCUGCUGUGUGCCGUGGGCCUCUUCAUCUACCAGUCGCUGGACGCCAUUGACGGGAAGCAGGCCAGACGCACCAACAGCAGCUCCCCGCUGGGCGAGCUGUUCGACCACGGGUGUGACUCUCUCUCCACCGUGUUUGUGGUGUUGGGAACCAGCAUAGCAGUGCAGCUGGGCACCAACCCAGACUGGAUGUUCUUCUGCUGCUUCGCCGGGAUGUUUAUGUUUUGCGCCCACUGGCAGACAUACGUGUCGGGAACGCUGAGAUUUGGCAUCAUUGAUGUGACUGAGGUGCAAAUCUUCAUUAUAAUCAUGUAUUUGCUGGCCGCCGUGGGAGGAUCGGCUUUUUGGCAGUCACUGAUUCCGAUCCUAAACAUCCAGAUGAAAAUGGUUCCCGCCAUCUGCACUUUUUUAGGAGCCAUCUUUUCCUGCACCAAUUACUUUAGAGUUAUUUUCACAGGCGGCGUGGGCAAAAACGGAUCCACAAUAGCAGGAACCAGCGUCCUCUCCCCAGUCCUUCAUAUUGGUUCAGUCAUCAUUUUGGCCAUGAUGAUAUACAAAAAGUCUGCAGUCCAGCUCUUCGAGAAACAUCCAUGUCUUUAUAUCCUGGCGUUCGGCUUCGUCUCGGCCAAAAUCACCAAUAAAUUAGUUGUAGCACAUAUGACAAAAAGUGAGAUGCAUCUCCACGAUUUAGCCUUCCUGGGGCCAGGACUCCUCUUCCUGGAUCAGUAUUUCAAUAGUUUUAUUGACGAGUACCUGGUACUCUGGAUUGCACUGAUCAUUUCCUUCUUUGACUUGGUGCGUUACUGUGUCAGUGUUUGCAACCAGAUUGCCUGCCACCUUCACAUUUUCGUUUUCAAAAUCAAGCCUUGCUCAGUGCUCAGCGCCGCUCCUCACUGAGGACACGCCGGCCGCUACUGACUCUGCCUCUUCCCGUUAGUCGCACUCAUCUUUUCUUCCCUCUGAAUUCCACGUAGAGAAGCAGGGGUGUGGGGGAGCGGUGGUGUAAAGUAUGUGCUUCUGCCAACUGAAUGUGAGGACAAAUAAUAUA